AUGAGUGGCUCUCCCAGCCCCUAUGCCCAUCAGAAUGGGACCAGCGUUCCGAGGAAUCAGUUCCGUCGUCAAGGUUCCAGUUGUAAGUUCAUUGAAUUCCCGUUAAUUAAACGAAAAAGCUGUGAGAUGACGUCGGCAUUGGAAAUGGUUGACGGUCCCAUUACUUUUUAUGCCAUACAUUUCGGCUCCCAUCGAAUAAGAUUUCCAUUUUCAGAUGGACCCGGGCAUGUUCACAACAUGGCGGUUAUGGUAGCGCCUCAGAAAAUAGAUUACAGUGUUACAAAAGUAAGUAGACAUCCAAUUUUGAUCGAUUAUUAUUUUGAAAAUCGAUUUAAUGGAUUUCAGGGAGGUCUAAGGAGUUGGGCCGUUCUUCUUGUUUUUAUAUUGUUAUGCUCAGCUUUGCUGGCUAUCUUCUCCGAGAGUGACGGUAAGAAAAAAGUAAUCUAAUUGAGAACACCCCUGUUAUUUAUAGAUGGCGAAGACAACGAUUAUGUUGCAAAUGUCGUCGAAGAAGAUGAACCAGAAACACUUAUCCCUGAGACGGAGGAAGAAACUGAAGAUGUAACACCGGCACCUCCAGGUAAGCAAUAUUCCAGUUGAACUGGGAAGAAAUUGUGGUCCAAAACGAGAGAACUAUUAUAUAAAUUUAGACAUCGAGGAUGCAGAGAACGAAGAAGAGGACGAAGAACAACAGUUAUUCUCUUCACUACUUCAAAAAGCGAAAGACCGAUGGCUGGGCGGAAAGUCCAAGAAAAAGGGAGUGAAAAAAGACGAGGAGGAAAAAGAUGACGAUGAUGAGGACAAUAAUGAGGUCGACGAAGGCAAAUUGUUGAGAAACCAGGUGAGAAUUAUUAAAUUUGCUGAAUUGUGCAAAAAUUUACAACUGUCUUAUUGUGUCUUAUAGCGUCGACAAGAACGAAAACGAGAUCUCCGCCGAAGAAGUAGGAAGCAAGAGUCUGAAGAAGAAGAGGAAGAAGAUGAAGAGGAAAAAGAAGUGAAAAAAACAGAUCCACCAAAAGUAAACAUCAAAGAAGAAGAUGACGACGACAACGACUCGGAUGAAAGGAAAGAUUCCACGGAAGAUGACAAUGAUGACGAUGAGGAAGAAGAAGAGCCACCAAAGAAGAGAGUAAUCCCACAGAAAGCAGUGCCAGCAAAAGAAGAAUCAGAAGAAAACGAAGACGAUGAUGCUGACGAUAAAUCUGAAGAGAAGGAGAAAGAACCAGAACCACUUCCCAGACACGUGGUGAGUAUUAGUAUCCUUAAAGUUACGAAUGAUUUUCCAGAUAAAACGACAACAAAAACAAGCUGAACAAAAGGAAAAGGAGGAGGCUCAAAGAAAGGCUGAAAAGGACGAGGAUGAUGACGACGAUGAAGAGGACGAAGUCGCUAUGGUAAGCCAAUUUACAGAUAACAAUAAAUCCCCUUAUGAAGCACCAUUAUUUACCAUUUAUAUUGCAGUGCGUUCAAAAAGUAAAGAAGCAGAAGAAAAAGAAAGAGAUCGACGACGAUGAUGAGGAUAUAAACGAUGACGAGGAAGAAGAAGUCCUGGUGAUGCCUCGAACUCAUAGGGAACCAAAACGAUCAGGAAAGAGCUGGAGACAAUCGCUUCAGGCAAAAAGAAUGGCCGAGGACUCCAAAAACCCGAGGAAGUCUCUUUUGAAGAGCAAAAAAGUAAGAAUGCUUUUUCAAUGUAAUUCAACUUGUGUUUAGAGAAAAAUGUAUCCUAAGCUAGAAGAUCAAGAGGAAAUUGAUGAGGAUGAUGAUCAGAGUUCCGAAAACGAUAACGACGACCAAACCGAAGAAGAACAACUCAGCAAAGUAGAGGUCAGGGAGGUCGCGGCGACCAGAAAAAAGUAAGAACAACGAGUAAUACAUGUCGUGCUCUUGUAUAUUUGUGCAUGUUAUUUAUGUGUAAGGUGUAUAUGUGUCCCGAAAUAAAUGCAUUUCACUUGCAGAACGAAUAAUUACAACCGAAAAGCGAUUACGAACCGCCACGAUUACAAACAUCGAAGUAAACUCGAUCUGGCCGAUUAUCUGAUAGAAAAGGUGCACUCGAUGACCAGAUUCAUUAACGGAUUGUAUACCUCUAACGAUUAACCUGAGCGUGUGUUACCAUUAACCCUUGAAGUGAUCUCACACGUGAUAUUCCGACCAACCUCAUCUUGUUAUAGCAUGACUUCAAAGGUGCCGUUCAAUAUUACACAGAGGUGUUGAAAGAUUACAAAGACAGUCCAAGGGCUCAUUUUGGAUUGGGAAGGAUCCUUCAGUUGAAUUCAGAAGAAGAAGAUACCGAUGAGAAUAUGGAUAAGGCCAUCAACGAAUAUCAAAAAGUCCUGGAUGAAUACGACACCCCUGACGAACUCUUCAAGUAAAUGAGUACUCUCUAAAAUAACUUGCAAUAUGAUUAUUUUUCCAGAGAAGCUGCAGAGAACCUGAUUGAAUGUGCACGAUACCGAGGCAAUCUGCACAAAGUAAUGACCGUUCAACGAGAAUUAAUCGACAGAUUCCCCGAUGAAAUAGACAUUCAGACGGACUUUGGAAUCACUUUCCUCAUGAUGGGAAGACCACAUGAUGCCAGAAAUAUCUUCACCUCAAUCUUGGAAGCAGAUCCUCAGAACUCGGUGGCUUUGGCUUAUUAUGGGUACCUACUCAAAGUAUACGAUCACGACUACGAAAAAGGAACUUUCUACAUGAAAAAGGGACUGAAGAAUCAGGAUCAACCAAUACUUGAUGCAAAGUAAGACAUUAGACUAAUACGUAAAAUAGUAAAACUUGAAUCAUGUAUAAUUCAGGUUCUAUUUCCAUCUCGGAGACGGUCUGCAACGUCUAGGCCGCUCCCAGGAAGCUCUCAAGGUCUACGAAGACGCUGUAGAAUUGGGCCUUUUCCCAUCUGUCUAUCAAAGAUCUACCUAUAAUCUGGAUGGACUUACAGCUCGCCCUUGGUGGACGGUAACUCAAACAUUGUGUGGAAAACAUCUAAAGAGCCUGGAAAGACAAUGGACAGCAAUGAGAGAAGAGGCACUAACUGCAUUGAAGGAUUCAGAAGAUCGAUUCAAACCAGAAGAUGCCCAUUUGACAGAGGGUUCAUACAAAUCGUUGUUCUUGAGAUCAGAAGGAAAGUUCGAUGAGAAGAAUUGUCGACUGGUACCAACCACAUGUAAAUUGCUCAAAGAAUUUACCGAAGAAUCACGAUGCGACAAAGGAGAAGUAAGUUUGACAAAAAAAAAGGUCAUAAAACCAGGGGUGGUAAACUGGCCGAAUUUUUUUGAUUUUAUAGAGGUACUAGAGAGUAGUAAACCGUUCUAGAACUUGAGAUGUUACAGCCACAAUCCCAUCAAAAGAUUUUACCGGCGCAAAAACGACGAAAAAACCGAACCGACCUGAUGGCCACCCCUGGAAUUCUUCUUGGUUUAUCAUGAUAAUCUGCAGAAGAAUUCCAAAGAAUUAAUUUUUGCAUUGAUUUUUUUACGAAAUGUCAAAAGUUUAAAUCGCCUUUUGUAGAUCCGGAUCAACGUAAUGUCUCCUGGAAGUCGACUAUGGCCUCGAUGUGGCCCUACCAACUAUGUUCUCGAGGCCCAUCUUGGUCUUGUUUCUCCCUCCGAAGCCAGAAUUCGGGUUGGAAAAGAGGUUCGGGGGUGGAGAACAGGGAAGUUCCUGAUCUUCGACGAGAGUUUCGAACAUGAGAUGUGGUUUGACGGAGCUGGGACUCACACAUUUAGGAUCGUUCUAGCUUUAGAAUUGUGGCAUCCUGAGGUGCCGACGGCAAUGAAAACGGAUUCAGUUUUGUGA